AUGCAAUCAACAAUCAUCGCCUUGGUCGCUUUUGGUAUGCUUUUGGCUUUCGUGCAAUGUACAGACAACAAGAACGUUUCUGAAUAUCGCAUCAAACAAAGCUUCAUCAGUGCUGCUCGUACAUACGAUGUUGAAAGCAAAACCAAUGCUCCAAUCAAAUACACCGUUCGUGAUGAACUCUUAAGUGUUGGAAAGAAACUCUACUUAUUAGAAGAUGGCAAAGAACGUUAUUCAGUUCGUCAUGAUCUUACCAACAUUAUGUCAACAUGGAUCAUCACUGAUUCACACAGUGGCAAAGAAGUCGGUACCAUUGAAAACAAACUUAAAUUUGUUGGAUCAUUAAUGCAAGCCACUGGUUCAUUCGGUACCUACAAAAUCGAAGGUGAUUUCGGCAACUAUUCAUACAGCAUCAUGAAAGAUGCUGGAAUCGGACGUACGGGUACAUUUUGUGCAAUUGAUAUUGGAAUAAAAAGAUAUUUGGAAAAGAAAGUUAUCGACAUUCCCACAACAGUAUUGAAAAUGCGAACAGAACGAGCUGGAAGUGUUCAAACAGAAGAUCAAUAUUUAUUCGCUUACUUAGCGAUGAAAGACUAUAUUACACAGCAACAAGCCUUACAAGAAAGAAUCAAUGAAUCAAAUCGAUCGACUGAAGCACAACUCUUUGAUACAUCUGAUGAAUUGAAGUUAAGAGACACUGAAAUUGAUGAUGGCGUACCUAGAACUGUCCGUAUGAAAUCCAAUGGAAAGAAACCGACUGAUUUAGAACAAUUAAAUAGUCUUUCGAUGUUCAACUCAGGUUAUGUUACAAAUUUGCAAGAACCAACAUCCCAACGAGGAAAAACGUUGAGUGAUUCAUCAGUCUCCGCUAUUCAAUACAUUACACCAACGGCAACAACCUUUCAAACAGUUCCAAGUCGGCAACGCUCUUCGACUGAACAUUUUUCCUCGAUGCCAACUACGACUGGCAAUACAUACCAUAAAAAAGCUCGUAAAUAG